AUGUCUCGCAUCCAACGCUCUCGAAUCCCACGAGAAAUCCAACGAGCGCUCAUUGCCAACUCGGUAUUGGCACACCGCACUCAGUCAGAGGGAGGCACACACCAUCCAGCUCGCUUCGACACCGAUUCACUGCCAAUCGGCAUCAACAACCGCUGCUCCUUCUGCAUCUCCGACAAGGAGUACCACUUCAAAGAUCUACAAAAAACACAGCAUGUCAUCAAAGGCUUCGGAAACCGAAAGACCAUCAAUGUCAUGGCUGGAACACUGGUUUGGAAAUGGUUAGAUGAUGACGGAAAGGAACACACAUUCCGAAUCCCAAAUUCAUUCUAUGUACCUUUAGGCAAGAUGAGAUUGCUGAGCCCACAGCAUAUCUCCCAAGUUCUCAGGAAACGAGGCCUUGGACAGUUCAUUGAAAUAACAGAAGGCGAGCUCUGUACACUGCAAUGGGGAGACAGGUGUCAGUAUCGAAAGACCAUUGCAGUUGACCCAAAAACAAAUGUUUUUAACUUUGAUUUGGCACCAGGGUACGACAACUUCUAUGCCCAUUGUGCCCAAUGCGCUGAAGCCAACCAGGAAGACGACCUCUUUGAAGAAGACCUUGAAGCACCCACCGCAAUGGAGGCAGCGAUGGUCAGUGAUGACGAGCAUGACAAUGACGAAAUCACGACACCAACUUCCCAUCUAGAGGGAGAAUCUGAACCAUCUGAAGAUGAUCCCGAACCUCUAAUGCGUCAAACACCAAUGACUUUCGACCUUGAUAUGGACAAGAACGAAAAUUCAGUACCAGUACAGAUUGAGGACGACGAAGAGGACACUCAAAAGCAAAAUCAUGCAGCUGAGUUCCUCAAGUACCACCACAAGUUCAAUCACUGUUCGCCAGCCAAGAUCCAAGCAAUGGCAAAGAAAG